AUGAAUGCUCAUGAAAUGUCAACCCUAGCAGGGGAUUUGGCUGAAGGUACUGCCAUCAAGAAGACUUGUAAAGGCAUACUUCAGUUUCUCUCUGAAGAUGUCGCCCCAAUGCCAAGGCCUUUUGUCUUUGGCAACAAUACUGAACCUCUGCCAAAGGUUUUGAAAUAG